AGGAGACUGACAGAGACUGCAGACACAGUACAGGAGAUGACCAGAGACUGCGGACACAGUACAGGGGAUGACCAGAGACUGCGGACAGUACAGGGGAUGACCAGAGACUGCGGACACAGGACAGGAGAUGACCAGAGACUGUGGACACAGUACAGGGGAUGACCAGAGACUGCGGACACAGGACAGGAGAUGGCCAGAGACUGCGGACACAGUACAGGAGAUGGCCAGAGACUGCGGACACAGUGCAGGAGAUGACCAGAGACUGCGGACACAGUACAGGAGAUGACCAGAGACUGCGACACAGUGCAGGAGAUGACCAGAGACUGCGGAUACAGUACAGGAGAUGACCAGAGACUGCGGACAUAGUACAGGAGAUGACCAUAGACUGCGGACACAGUACAGGAGAUGACCAGAGACUGCGGACAUAGUACAGGAGAUGACCAGAGACUGCGGACACAGUACAGG